AUCCCACCUGGAUAACAGAGGCAAUGUAUAUUUUUACAAGGAUAAUCUCGGACAUACGAAACUCCUGAAAGGCAUCUCCCGCCAACUUGAAAUCGUCAACCUCAAUCCAUUUCAUCCUUCAAUUUUCCUUUCCAGCGCUCCGUUGCAAUUAGCAAAUCAAGAAAUGGCAGAAGAAGAGGAAACCGGGAAGAUCCGACCCGAAUUCCCAAACGGUAGGGUCAAGAAGAUAAUGAAGCUUGACAGGGACAUCAACAAGGUGAAUUCAGAAGCCCUAUUUCUCGUCUCUUCCUCCGCAGAGCUCUUCCUUGGAUUCCUGGCCGAGAGGUCCGCCAAGGUUGCGGUCGAGAAGAAGCGCAAAACCGUGAAACUUGAACACAUGCGAUUGGCCGUGAAGAGGCACCGGCCGACGAGCGAUUUCCUCCUUGACUCGCUUCCUUUGCCACCACAGCCGUCGGAUCAACCGGCGACCGAAAGGAGCCGCUCACGCUCUGUUGCCGAUAAUUCUGCUCCGGCCGGAACUCGCCGGAUCGAUGAUUUCUUUCACAAGCCAAACAAUGAAGCUCAAGUUCAGAUCAACGAGUCCUAGAUCCAGAAAACCUCUUUUCUGCGAGCCCCAAAAAAAAAAAAAAAAAAAAAAGGGAAAACAAAACAAAACAAAAGCAAACAUCGCUUGCUUUUGGUGCUUUUUACCAAGAAUUACUUUGUUUUGAUAAGUUUAACUGUUCUGUUAUAAUGAAAAAAAGGAAAAUGAUUACGUUUUUCUGCACCAUUAUUAUUAUUAUUAUUAUUA